AUGCCACCCCCACCUUCCCACCGCCGCCUCGACUCCCAAACAAACAACACCAACAGCUACCCCCGCUCCUCAAUCCUCCCCACAAGCUUCAACCAAACAGCCCACCACCAACCCACAAACCCAAACACAGGCACAACCUACGGCUCCUCAACACCCUCCAUGUCCGCCGCAAAGACCCGCCAAUACGCACACCUCCACUCGCAACUCGCGCAGCUGAAUGCCAAUCUCGCGGAUACCGAGAACCUCCUCCGUAUGACGGCUGUGCAGGCGGGGGAUAUGCGGUUCCUGGGCGGGUACAUGGGGGCUAUGUUUAUGGGGUCUGCGAAGAUUCUGGGUGAGGAGGGGGUUAAAGGGAAUGCGGAUAAGCCUGUGUCGAAGGGGAAGGAGGUUAAGGUUGAGGAUAGCGAGGAGGAGUGA